AUGACACCUUUCAUGAGCCUCGCCUUAUUUGUUGCCCUGUUCUUGCUCAACUCAGAUCGCAUUCAGAAAGCCAUUGAGAUAUGCAGCGAAUGUUUGAUUUUGCUAAAUGGCACCGAUCAAAACAGUAAAGACCAAUUUGAUUCAGCACUGCUACAAUUUUACAGCGACAUCUAUAGCGUUCUUUUCAGCGCUUAUCGUCAUAUCUCUGACUAUAUAAGUGCGGAAAGAUACGGAAGGAAACUGUUUGACUUAUACAGAGGGUAUGGAAUUAUGCUUUAUAAACUUGGCGAGAGCCUAACAGCAAAGGAAUAUUUGAGAGGGCCAUUGCCAUAACAACCAAAAUUGGCGACAGACAAGGGGAAGUAUCAUGUUAUGUAAACCUAGGUGCUGUGUUUACGUCGCUUGGCCAAUACGACAAGGCUGAAGAGCAUCUCCAAAAAGCGCUUGUCAUCACAACUGAAAUUGGCCACAGAGAAGGGGAAGCAUCAUGUUAUGGAAACCUAGGUACUGUGUUUACGUCGCUUGGCCAAUACGACAAGGCUGAAGAGUAUCUCCAAAAAGCGCUUGGUAUCACAACUGAAAUUGGCGACAGAGGAGGGGAAGCAUCAUGUUAUGGAAACCUAGGUACUGUGUUUACGUCGCUUGGCCAAUACGACAAGGCUGAAGAGUAUCUCCAAAAGCGCUUGUUAUCACAACUGAAAUUGGCGACAGACAAGGGGAAGCAUCAUGUUAUGGAAACCUAGGUACUGUGUUUAAGUCGCUUGGCCAAUACGACAAGGCUGAAGAGCAUCUCCAAAAAGCGCUUGUCAUCACAACUGAAAUUGGCGACAGAGAAGGGGAAGCAUCAUGUUAUGGAAACCUAAGUACUGUGUUUAACUCGCUUGGCCAAUACGACAAGGCUGAAGACUAUCUCCAAAAAGCACUUGUCAUCAGAACUGAAAUUGGCGACAGACAAGGGGAAGCAUCAUGUUAUGUAAACCUAGGUGCUGUGUUUACGUCGCUUGGCCAAUACGACAAGGCUGAAGAGCAUCUCCAAAAAGCGCUUGUCAUCACAACUGAAAUUGGCCACAGAGAAGGGGAAGCAUCAUGUUAUGGAAACCUAGGUACUGUGUUUACGUCGCUUGGCCAAUACGACAAGGCUGAAGACUAUCUCCAAAAAGCGCUUGUCAUCAGAACUGAAAUUGGCGACAGACAAGGGGAGGCAACUGACUAUGGAAACCUAGGUACUGUGUUUACGUCGCUUGGCCAAUACGACAAGGCUGAAGAGCAUCUCCAAAAAGCGCUUGUCAUCACAACUGAAAUUGGCGACAGACAAGGGGAGGCAACUGACUAUGGAGACCUAGGUACUGUGUUUACGUCGCUUGGCCAAUACGACAAGGCUGAAGAGUAUCUCCAAAAAGCGCUUGGUAUCACAACUGAAAUUGGCGACAGAGGAGGGGAAGCAUCAUGUUAUGGAAACCUAGGUACUGUGUUUACGUCGCUUGGCCAAUACGACAAGGCUGAAGAGUAUCUCCAAAAAGCGCUUGUUAUCACAACUGAAAUUGGCGACAGACAAGGGGAAGCAUCAUGUUAUGGAAACCUAGGUACUGUGUUUAAGUCGCUUGGCCAAUACGACAAGGCUGAAGAGUAUCUCCAAAAAGCGCUUGUCAUCAGAACUGAAAUUGGCGACAGACGAGGGGAAGCAUCAUGUUAUGGAAAACUAGGUACUGUGUUUACGUCGCUUGGCCAAUACGACAAGGCUGAAGAGUAUCUCCGAAAAGCGCUUGUCAUCAGAACUGAAAUUGGCGACAGAGAAGGGGAGGCAACUGACUACGGAAACCGAGGUACUGUGUUUGAGUCGCUUGGCCAAUACGAUAAGGCUGAAGAGUAUCUCCAAAAGGCGCUUGUCAUCAGAACUGAAAUUGGCGACAGAGAAGGGGAAGCAUCAUGUUAUGGAAACCUAGGUACUGUGUUUACGUCGCUUGGCCAAUACGACAAGGCUGAAGAGUAUCUCCAAAAAGCGCUUGUCAUCAGAACUGAAAUUGGCGACAGACGAGGGGAAGCAUCAUGUUAUGGAAACCUAGGUACUGUGUUUAGGUCGCUUGGCCAAUACGACAAGGCUGAAGAGUAUCUCCAAAAAGCGCUUGUUAUCACAACUGAAAUUGGCGACAGAGGAGGGGAAGCAUCAUGUUAUGGAAACCUAGGUACUGUGUUUACGUCGCUUGGCCAAUACGACAAGGCUGAAGAGUAUCUCCAAAAAGCGCUUGUGAUAAGUACUGAAAUUGGCGACAGAGAAGGGGAGGCAACUGACUACGGAAACCUUGGAAAUUUGUUUAGAACUGUUGGUGAUUUUGAAGCUUCGGAAGUAUGCUUGGAGAAAGCUUUAUUCAUAUCCAGAGAUAUUGGAGAUGGAAGAAGAGAGUUUGAAAUCCUCGGAGGUUACGCCGUUUUGUAUUUAUGUCAAGAUAAAAUCAAAGACUCUCUGUCGUGUCUUCACCUGUGCAUUGAAAAGUAUGAGGAGCUGAGAUAUUUCUUGGGCGCCAAUGAUCAGUUCAAAACAUCAUUUCUGGAGGACACAGGAAUAUUCCCCUACAAGCUGCUUUGUACUUUGCUUUGUGACACCGGAAAUGCUCGGGAUGCUCUUUAUGUUGAGGAGUUGGGUCGAGCUAGAGGCCUAUCAGACUUAAUGGCAGAGAAGUACUCGGUUGAAACGCACAUCUCUGCUAAUCGACAAUCUUGGUUUGGCAUUGAGGACAUUUUAAGAAAGAAAAGAAACUGUACUUGUCUGUACAUUUCUUAUUUUCAGAAUCGUCUGCAUUUGUGGAUCUUGAAAACAAGUGGAGUCCUUCACUAUAGAAGAGUAUCACCAGAAGAGAAUCUAGUUCAGGCUGGGUUACCCAAAGAUUUGUCUGUGAGUCAAUUUUUGGAUUAUAAUUUCCGGAGUCUUGGUAUUUUGCCCACUAAAGAUUGUGAAGAUCGGUCUUUAAAUACGAUUAAAUUGCAAUCUCUCUCCCCCGCGCAAAAGAGCUCAGCAAGAUUGCGACUUUUGGACGAGGACGAGGACGAGGACGAGAAAGUGAUUUCAAGUCUAUACUUGUGUUACAAAAUGUUCAUUGCCCCCGUUUAUGAUUUGCUUGAUGAGCCUGAAGUCAUUAUUGUUCCUGACCGCAGGUUGUACAAAGUUCCCUUUGCUGCCCUGAGUGAAAAGGAGGGAGCCGAAUACUUGUCAGAGACUCAUAAGAUCCGUAUCAUUCCUUCGUUGACAACACUCAAGAACAUUCAAGAUAGUCCAGAGGACUAUCACAGCAACACUGGUGCCUUGGUAAUAGGCAAUCCCAAGGUUAAUUGGCUGCAAUCAUUGCCAGCUGCAAGAAAGGAAGCGGAGAUGGUCGGACAACUGGUGGGUGUUCUGCCUCUAGUUGAAGAGAAAGCAACGAAGCAGGCGGUACUGGAGCGGAUAAGUUCAGUGAGCUUGAUACAUUUUGCUGCCCAUGGUAACGCGGAAAGAGGGGAAAUUGCACUCUCCCCCAAUCCCUGUCCCAACAGUCAAACCGCUCUCCCACCGAAGGAAGCUUACAUGUUGACGAUGGCUGAUGUCUCACGAGUGAAAGUCAGAGCUAAACUGGUGGUACUUAGCUGCUGUCACAGUGGAAGUGGAGAGAUAAGGGCCGAGGGAGUUAUAGGAAUUGCCCGUGCGUUCUUAGGAUCCGGUGCUCGCUCGGUGUUGGUUGCACUGUGGGCCAUUCCAGACUCAGCAACAGAGCAGCUGAUGAGUCGGUUCUACGAACACCUCAUUGAAGGUGGAAGUGCCAGUGAAUCCCUUCAUCAGGCCAUGAAGUGGAUGAGAAAAAACCCCUUGAACAAAAUCUCUGAGUGGGCUUCGUUUACGCUGAUUGGAGAUGAUGUGAGACUCGAGUUU